CCAUAUGAUUUGGGUUGCAUUUAGCUUGUUAAUGGGGACGAGAAGCUCCUGUUUGCUUAUUUGUUUGCAUGCCAAGUCUCUGGGAGACAUGCCCACAACCUGUUUGAAUGUUUGUCUGUGUGAAUAUCAAGUUACCGAAAUCUACUUCUCCACAAACGGGAGCUGAAUUUUUAUGGUGGUAGAAGCUUACAGACAGAAUGAUACUGCCUGUCAUGGUCGGUUUGGUGUCACAGCAAGAACGACUCCAGAAGUUUUUGAGGCUACUACGAAUUGACGGGAAGCGAUGUUCUGCUGCGGAGGUGUGGAGGAGGAAAAUUAUGGCGCGCCUUCGAGUCAAUAUUCAGCCCCACCGAGGGGAAAUACGUAUGGUGGCAGCGAGAGAGGAGAGCCUAGGAGCUCCAAUGUUGUCAGAGGUGGACCUCCUCAGCAAAUAUUGCCUAUUGAAACACCAGUCAUUACACUGGAUGAACUAAACAGGUUAACAAGUAAUUUUGGUGCGAAAUCUUUCAUUGGAGAAGGUUCUUACGGUCGGGUUUAUUAUGCAACGUUAAAGUGCGGUCAGGCUGCUGCAAUAAAGAAACUGGAUACCAGUUCUUCACCGGAGCCCGACAACGAUUUUGCAGCUCAGCUAUCAGUUGUUUCUAGGCUCAAGCAAGAGAACUUUUUGGAGUUAAUUGGGUAUUGUUUGGAGGCUAAUAAUCGAAUCUUGAUAUAUCCGUUUGCAAAAAUGGGUUCUUUGCACGAUAUAUUACAUGGAAGAAAAGGAGUACAAGGUGCUGAGCCUGGUCCAGUGCUUACUUGGAGCCAGAGAGUUAAAGUUGCCUUUGGUGCAGCCAAAGGCCUUGAGUAUCUACAUGAGAAGGUUCAGCCUUCCAUAGUUCAUCGUGAUAUCCGGUCGAGUAAUGUUCUUCUCUUCGACGACUUCCUCGCGAAGGUUGCUGAUUUCAACUUGACAAAUCAAUCGUCGGAUACAGCAGCACGACUUCAUUCAACUAGGGUCUUAGGAACAUUCGGUUACCAUGCUCCAGAGUAUGCUAUGACAGGACAGAUUACUCAAAAGAGUGACGUUUAUAGCUUUGGCGUAGUUCUUCUCGAACUUUUGACAGGACGAAAGCCAGUAGAUCACACGAUGCCUAAGGGACAACAGAGUCUUGUUACUUGGGCAACACCAAGAUUAAGUGAGGACAAGGUGAAACAGUGUGUAGAUCCCAAGCUAAACAACGAUUACCCACCAAAAGCGAUAGCAAAGUUGGCAGCAGUUGCGGCCUUGUGUGUUCAGUACGAGGCUGACUUCAGGCCAAACAUGACAAUUGUGGUUAAGGCUCUCCAGCCGCUUCUAAAUUCUUCAAAACCACCAGGACCUGAAGCUCAACCUCGUCCAUGAGAUAAUACACAUUUUAGUUAACAUACAGCCAGCACAGGCACAAGCACUAGUGCAAGCACAGUAAUCUCCCCUGUAACUUGUGAUCUUACUCCAUUAUUCUACAGUUGAAAGGAAAUUGUCAAGAUGCCCAAAC